AUGAAUGGAAUCCAGGUUGAUAUCAAUCACCUAAAAAAAGGCGAAGUGAACUUAGGAACCUCUAUUAUGGCAGUGACGUUCAAAGAUGGAGUUAUUUUGGGAGCAGAUUCACGAACUACAACAGGGGCUUAUAUUGCCAAUAGGGUUACUGAUAAGCUGACCAGGGUCCAUGAUAAGGUUUGGUGUUGCAGAUCAGGCUCUGCCGCAGAUACACAAGCUGUGGCCGACAUUGUGCAAUACUACCUCGAUCUCUAUACAACGCAAUUUGGUGAGCCUUCCACAAAAACUGCAGCUUCCAUCUUCAAAACACUAUGUUAUGAGAACAAAGACAACUUGACAGCAGGUAUAAUUGUGGCCGGGUAUGAUGAUAAGAAUAAAGGAGAAGUCUACAGUAUACCACUUGGAGGCUCUAUACACAAACAGAAGUACGCUAUCGCUGGGUCGGGGUCAACUUUCAUUUACGGAUACUGCGAUAAAAACUAUAAGGAAGAUAUGUCCAAAGAAGACACUGUCAAUUUUAUGAAGAACGCCCUUUCGCAGGCCAUCAAGUGGGAUGGCUCUUCAGGGGGCGUGAUCAGAAUGGUGGUGUUAACAGAGAAUGGUGCCGAGCGUCUGAUCUUUUACCCGGAGGAGUAUGAGAACUUGUAG